AAAAAAAAUCCCAGCAGCCGCUGCUGAUGUUGGAUUCCGAGGCUGCAUCCGACUCGGUCACAGGGAAAAUGGAUUCAGUUUGCAUCUCUCCCUCCCUUCAACAGCUUCUCUGGGUCUCAGCAAGGGCUUCCAGGGCAGUGGGUGAGGAGACCUUACCAAGGAGCACCACACAGUAGGUGCUGAAACAUCACAUUACAGGAUAAGAAACAGUAACAUGGCAGCGCCUGCUUGAAAGGAAUUAAAAACCAACAAACUCCAUUUAGAAAGGAACAAUGUCCAAGAAAGGGCGAAAUAAGGGCGAGAAGCCCGAGGCGCUCAUUGUCGCCCUUCAAGCUGCCAACGAAGACCUCAGGACCAAGCUCACAGACAUUCAGAUAGAGCUGCAUCAAGAGAAGUCCAAGGUGUCUAAGCUUGAAAGAGAGAAAACCCAAGAAGCAAAGAGGAUUCGUGAGCUGGAGCAGCGCAAGCACACGGUCCUGGUGACGGAACUCAAAACCAAGCUCCAUGAGGAGAAGAUGAAGGAGCUGCAGGCCGUGAGGGAGAAUCUCAUCAAGCAGCACGAGCAGGAAAUGUCAAGGACAGUGAAGUUGCGGGAUGGAGAGAUCCAGAGGCUCAAGUCGGCUCUGUGUGCUCUCCGGGAUGGCAGCAGUGACAAAGUAAGGACAGCGCUCACCAUUGAGGCCCGGGAGGAGGCCCGGAAACUAUUUGAUGCAGAGCGUCUUAAGCUCUUACAGGAAAUUACGGACCUGAAAACUGCCAAGAAGCAGGUGGACGAGGCUCUGAACAACAUGAUCCAAGCGGAUAAAAUUAAGGCGGGGGACCUUAGAAGUGAGCAUCAGUCCCACCAGGAAGCCAUCUCCAAGAUCAAGUGGGAGUCGGAGAGGGAUAUUCGGAGGCUGAUGGAUGAAAUCAAAGCCAAGGACAGGAUCAUCUUUUCCCUGGAAAAGGAACUGGAGACCCAGACAGGCUAUGUACAGAAACUCCAACUGCAGAAGGAGGCUUUGGAUGAACAACUCUUUCUGGUGAAGGAGGCCGAGUGUAAUAUGAGCAGUCCAAAACGAGAAAUUCCGGGAAGGGCAGGAGAUGGCUCUGAACACUGCAGCAGUCCUGACUUGAGGAGAAAUCAAAAGAGAAUAGCUGAAUUGAAUGCCACUAUAAGAAAAUUAGAAGACAGGAAUACACUCCUUGGAGAUGAACGAAAUGAAUUGUUAAAACGCGUGCGAGAAACUGAAAAACAAUGUAAACCCCUCCUGGAAAGGAAUAAGUGCCUCGCCAAGAGAAACGACGAGCUGGUGGUGUCUUUGCAGCGCAUGGAAGAGAAACUAAAAGCUGUUACCAAGGAAAAUUCAGAAAUGAGAGAAAAAAUAACAUCCCAUCCACCCCUGAAGAAAUUAAAAUCUCUGAAUGACCUCGACCAAGCUAAUGAAGAACAAGAGACAGAGUUUCUAAAACUUCAAGUCAUUGAGCAACAGAACAUCAUUGAUGAGCUCACAAGGGACCGAGAAAAGCUCAUCCGUAGGAGGAAGCAUAGAAGAAGUUCCAAGCCAAUUAAGAGGCCUGUUUUGGACCCAUUUAUUGGCUAUGAUGAGGACUCCAUGGAUUCAGAGACAUCAUCAAUGGCCUCGUUUAGAACAGACCGAACACCAGCUACCCCUGAUGAUGACUUGGAUGAAAGUUUAGCAGCAGAAGAAUCUGAGCUGCGAUUUCGACAAUUAACAAAAGAAUACCAAGCCCUCCAAAGAGCAUAUGCCCUCCUUCAGGAGCAGACUGGAGGCAUCAUCGAUGCAGAAAGAGAAGCCAAGGCUCAAGAACAGCUUCAAGCAGAGGUGCUAAGAUAUAAAGCCAAAAUUGAAGAUCUGGAAGCAACUCUGGCUCAGAAAGGGCAGGAUUCACACUGGGUAGAAGAUAAACAACUUUUCAUUAAGAGAAACCAGGAGCUUUUAGAAAAGAUAGAAAAACAGGAGGCAGAAAAUCACCGGUUACAACAGGAACUACAGGAUGCCAGAGACCAGAAUGAGCUGCUGGAGUUUCGAAACCUAGAGCUAGAAGAAAGAGAGAGACGAUCUCCUCCAUUUAAUCUACAAAUUCACCCAUUCUCAGAUGGUGUGAGUGCUCUACAGAUCUACUGUAUGAAAGAAGGUGUCAAGGACGUGAACAUCCCUGAUCUUAUAAAGCAGCUUGAUAUCUUAGGUGAUAAUGGGAAUUUAAGAAAUGAAGAACAAGUGGCCAUAAUUCAGGCCAGCACUGUGUUGUCCCUAGCAGAAAAGUGGAUCCAGCAGAUUGAAGGAGCAGAGGCUGCCCUGCAUCAGAAAAUGAUGGAACUGGAAAGUGACAUGGAACAGUUCUGCAAAAUCAAAGGCUACCUGGAGGAAGAAUUAGAUUAUAGAAAACAAGCUCUCGACCAAGCAUACAUGAGAAUACAGGAACUAGAAGCCACUUUGUACAAUGCUCUGCAGCAAGAAACUGUUAUCAAGUUUGGUGAACUGUUAAGUGAAAAACAGCAAGAGGAGCUGAGGACGGCAGUAGAAAAGUUACGGCGGCAGAUGCUGAGAAAGAGCAGAGAGUAUGACUGUCAGAUUCUUCAGGAGAGAAUGGAGCUCUUGCAGCAAGCCCAUCAGAGAAUUCGAGACUUAGAAGAUAAAACAGACAUCCAGAAAAGACAGAUAAAGGACUUAGAAGAAAAGUUUCUGUUUCUAUUCUUGUUCUUCUCUCUUGCCUUUAUUCUAUGGCCUUGAUGUCAAGGUGCCUCUUAAAGAGUAACCGACAACAGGGGUAAGACCUAGAAAGGCAAAUGCUUCCAAACCUUCAAAGAUGGCAACAUUGUUUACACAAGUAAAAGGGAAAUCAAAAGCAAAGAAUUACUCGGUAGCCAGGACUACAAUUGUGUAUUUGAAAGCCAUUAUUCAAGGUUUCUUCUUGACAGUUCCUACAUGACCCUGUCGAAAAUCUACAAUAUAUGCUGCAUUUACAUGUAUAUGUCAAACCAGAAGAAAAGAACUAUAAACAUAUAUUGUAUAAAGAAAAAAAUUCAACAAUGGAAUCAGUUUCAGCAGAUCAAGCGAAGAUGUGUUUUGGGCAUGGAACCAAAGUUACAAUGAAACAUUCUACCCCUGCUGUGCAGGGGGGGUCAUUUUAAUUUAACACCGCACCCCAUGGAAACACUAGUCCUGAUAAUAAACAUCAUUUUAAAAAAUCAAAACAACAACAACAAAAAAAACCAAGGGUGGGUGGGAAAUGAAGCACGAGGAAUACAUAUGAGGAACUAUUUACAAUAAAAUGUUUAAUUUGAAAAGUCUGGUUUCUUAAUACAGGGAUUUGCUUUUCUGUCUAUAUUAUUGUUUUAAACUCAGGAACAGAAACAUCUGCAAUAUGAAUGGGAGGAAAAGCACUAUCCAGUUUGCUUUUCUGCAAAAAGUGAUGGUUGUGGAAUGCAUCACUUAGAUGACAGUUGAGAAGCGGAUCACAGUGACCCCAACUAAACUGACAACCAAGGCAAAGGACCCGUUGAACAUAACCUAAGAAAUAAAGGCAGGGUUGAUCUUCCUUGACCCUCUCUUACAUCCAGGUUCUUCCACCAACAAAAGACUGAUCUCGUACAUAGAAAAUUAAGAAGAUACUUUAAAUCGCAAGCUCCCUGACUUAGUUCCGCUUAGAGAGCCAACAUCUGUGGGGAACAUAGGCCAGACAACAUCUCGGAAUCUCUCAAUUUCCAAAAUACUGAUUUUUAAAUGGCUGCUUAAAAUUGCCUCCAAGUGAAUAUGUUAUAUGGUUUGGGUAAAAACACAAUAGAGGUGAUAAAUAAACUAACAAAACUUGAGUUUGCCACAGAGAUGUGAAUAUUAAACUAAAUUGCAUUA